AGGGACUAUUGUAAGUGUUGAGCAAUCUAAAGACAUUGGCACAAAUUAAAGGGAUACUGUCAUGUGAAAAAAAAAUCAGUUAAUAGUGCUGCUCAAGCCUGGCGGCAUCUGAGUAGCUGAGGGUUCCUCCCGAGGCCAAAGGAAAGGUGGCUGCUACAGGAGGAAGAUUGAGCCGUGACCAGGGAGCCUAGCACUUGUUCUGAAUUUAGGGAGCUGAACGUGACAAUAACAGCACUCAACAGAAAAAGCCAGGUCCCACUGCAACACAUUCAGUUACAUUGAGUAUUAAAAUGAGGGUGGACACUUUGAGCACUUAGAGCAACCUACAUAAACACAUUAAAAACACUCAAACUUCACUCUUAUAGUGCCCUUUGUCAGUGAACCCAUUGUCAGAUACUGUGCAGGGUCGCACUGUGUGGCUGCUUAAGUUACUAUCACAUUCACAUGCACUGUGGUCAAAUUUAGCAACCUGUCUGCAUGUUUUUGGCUACAUCUCCCAUUUGCAAAGUGAUAUUUUUUAUGCAGGUUUGGCACCCAGCUGCUAUGUAGGCAGAAAAUAAAUCCAUAUGCAAUUUAAUUUACUUUCUCCCAGCCAGUAGAACUUGUUCAGUCUGUAAUUCUGCAGCCAAGAUUUAUGAAUGCCUGGUUGCUCUGCGGGGUGCCAUGAAUGUGCGAUUUAGGAUUUAUUUAGUGCAAGACGUAGAGUUAACUGCCUUUGCAUACCAGAACAAUGCUGUUAAUUUACCCUGGUUUCAAAUAUCUGAACUGCACUCACAGAGGAGGGGGGAAUUGUUUAUUAUCUAAUACUAAAAGAGUAUGUUUUGGGGGGGACAGGACACCUAUGUGUAAUUUUGUGUUUACAUUUGGUUAUGGUACAGUGGAGUCCUAUCAGACACUUGUUUUGGGGUUGUAUUCAGUGUUAGUCAUGGAAACACAUUAAUGAUUCCCCUACAGAGUUUGACAAUGCAGCGCUCCUACCACCACAACACCAAUAGCCUGAGUGGAGAGGAAUGUGAGCAGGAUUCAGCCUUAUUGUAACCCUUAGGUAUCCCAGGACUUCUGCAGCGAGCAGCUCUAUGAUCAUCCACUGAGUGCCCAGAUCAUGGAUUUGCCCAUCAACACUCCCCCCGAUUCCAUGGCAAUUCCAGCAUCUGAAGCCUCCUUGCCUUUCUACGAUGCCUCCCACGCCUUGCACUUGCUACGGGGCAUCAAUGAGCUCAGAGCCGAAGAGAAAUUCUUUGACAUGACAGUGAGUGCAGGAGGACAGGAUUUCCCUUGCCACCGGACUGUGUUGGCUGCCGCCAGCAACUACUUUCGAGCCAUGUUUGCCGGGCGGCUACGGGAGAGCCAAGCUGAUCGGGUUGAACUUCAUGAUGUGUCCGGUCCCAUCCUUUCCCUCUUGCUUGACUUUUGCUACACUGGCAGAGUCACAGUCACACUGGAGAAUGUGGAGCCCCUUCUUCAGGCCGCAGACCUUUUUCAGUUCCCAUCAGUAAAGGAUGCAUGCUGCGCCUACCUAGAACAGCAGCUGGACGUCUCUAACUGCCUGGAGAUCCAGGACUUUGCAGAAGCCUAUGCUUGCCAGGGCCUGGCAGAGAGUACUAAACGUUUCAUUCUGGCGCAUUUGGGGCAGCUGGCACAGGCCCGGGAGGUGGAGCGGCUCACCUUUAAGCGCAUGCUGGAGUACAUCAGUGACGACAGGCUAUGUGUGGAUAAAGAGGAGGCCGCCUUCCAGAUAGCCUUGCAGUGGGUAAAGGCUGAUCCCAAGCACCGGCAGUACCGCUGGCCAGAGCUCUUCCAGUACCUUAGACUGCCAUUCAUACGGCGCUUCUACCUGCUGGCUUAUGUAGAAAGUGACCCACUGGUCUACCGCAGUCCCUACUGCCGACAGUUAAUCCGUGAAGCCCGGGCUUUCCAGUCCUCUGAAUAUGACCGCCAUGAUUGGCCGUGCCAUCGAAUGAAGCCAAGGCCCUCCACUGGCCUAGCGGAAAUCCUAGUAGUAGUGGGGGGUUGUGACCAAGACUGUGAUGAGUUGGUUACUGUGGACUGCUACAACCCACAAACUGGCCAGUGGAGAUACCUGGCCGAGUUCCCUGACCACCUUGGAGGAGGCUACAGCAUUGCAGCUCUGGGUAACGAUAUAUACGUGACGGGAGGAUCUGACGGAUCAAGACUUUAUGACUGUGUAUGGCGAUACAACUCCAGUGUAAAUGAAUGGACGGAAGUAUCUCCAAUGCUGAAAGCACGAGAGUAUCACAGCUCAACUGUGCUCAAUGGCCUUCUGUAUGUGAUUGCUUCAGACAGCACUGAGCGUUACGACCCAACCAUGGACACGUGGGAGUCUCUGCGUCCUAUGCUUUACCCAAUGGAUAACUGCUCAACAACAUCCUGCAGGAAAAAACUCUAUGCAAUCGGCUCCUUAGAAGGCAAAGAAAGUAUGGUCAUGCAGUGCUAUAAUCCCGAUACUAAUCUAUGGUCCAUGGUGAACUGUGGCCAACUGCCACCAUGGUCUUUUGCACCCAAGACUGUGACACUAAAUGGCCUCAUCUAUUUUGUAAGAGAUGAUUCAGCGGACGUAGAUGUGUACAGUCCAUCAAAGAAUGAAUGGGACAAGAUUCCACCAAUGAUACAGGUCCAUGUUGGAGGGAGUCUGGCAGCACUGGGAGGGAAGUUCUAUGUGACUGGUGGAUAUGAUAAUACAUUUGAACUGUCUGACGUGGUGGAAGCCUUUGACCCUGAAACCAGAUCAUGGAGCCUAAUGGGACGCCUCCCUCAGCCAACGUUCUGGCACGGCAGCGUCAGUAUAUUCCGCCAGUUCAUGCCACAAACUCAGUACAGUUCAGACGGGGUUCCAUUAGACAACGACAGAAUCAACCUCAACAGACGGCGCCAGCACUUGCAUAACCACAACCUUAACGAAUUGCAUCGGCGAUAAGAACAGGAAUAGGCUUUCUAAUGAACUUGAAUAUGAACAAAGUGAUGCUCUCUGCGAGUGUUAUAGUUCGUGCUUUCAAAGCUUUAUCACUACACAAGUCUUUUAGUGAUGCACCGAAUCCAAGAUUCGGUUCGGGAUUGGGCCAGGAUUGGGCAGAAGGAACCGAAUCCAAAUCCUAAUUUGCAUAUGCAAAUUAGGGACGGGAUGGGAAUCACGUGACGUUUUGUCACAAAAAAAGGAAGUAAAAAAUGUUUUCCCCUUGCAUACGCAAAUUCGGAUUCGGUGGAAUCUUUUGCGAAGGAUUCUGGGGUUCAGCCGAAUCCAAAAUAGUGGAUUUCCGCGCAUCCCUACUUUCUUUCAGUGCAUUGCCCACAGGUACGCAUACAUAGUAUAGUGUAACAUGUAGCGGCUCUUUAUCAUUUCUAUACACACUAAGAAGAAAAUAUAUUUUUUUAAUAAGCGAAAAAUGUUUAAAAUAUCCCUCAACCUACGAUUUCCCAAAAUGCAGUAAUUAUAAGUUCUGUUUUGUUUGUAAUCAUUAUGUUUCACACUGCAUGUAGUGCUAAUGUCACACCAGGGAACAUUCCACAUUAGAUUAAAAGGGGUGCCAUAUUAGUUGUGCAGUCAGAAAGCCCUCUGCAUGGGUCUGUGUGAUCAGCAGCUAUGUUCUAACAAAUUCCAGCAGUGCCCCACGGGGAGUUAGAAAGGUAAAUCACCAAAUUGCUACUUUUUAUUGCCUUUCUAUUCAGGUAUUUUCCUAUUCAUAUCCCAGUCUCUUAUUCAAAUUUGGUAAUUUGGACCCUAGCAACCAGAUCGCUGGUAUUGCAAACUAGAGAGC